AUUAAUUUCAUCUGGGCAACUCGAAUUAGUAAUAUAUGUUGUUUGAGAAGGUCGUCACGCUGGUGUUAUGGGACCCGACCUGUCAAAUUCCGGAAGGGCCGGGGGGGCGCAGAUGUGGUUGACCUCGGCUUUUUUCUGCUCGUUUCUCCUCAAAGCUGCAUACACAGAGCUUUGUGUUGUUGAUUAAGGAAGUUGUUGUUACUCCGACUCCAGUUGACUGCUGAUAGUUUCUUGACUGCUGCGAGUUUCUUGAAACGGGCCUUUAGCUGCUGCCGCAGUCUCAGUUGCCCACGCUCGUACUAAUUGAAUCUGUAGUUUCCCGAAGAAGAGGCUUGCUGCUAGGUGGAGGCGCAAGCGCACUAGGACCUCGGGCUGCAGCCUACUGGCAGGCCUUCUGAACGCCCCCGCACUUGCACGUCUUGUGGCGCGCAUACCGCGCGAGGCGUCGUUGACUGGGCCGCUGACCACACACUGUCAUUUCAAGCAUUUCGUGGGUGAAUCGCCUGGUGAAAUCGCCGAGCUGCGUGCACUUGGCCCAUAUCCACCGGCGCCGUGGACUCCAGGACCAUGAGCGCUUUGCUCGGGCUGUGAGCAAAUGACUCCAGAGGUGUCAGCGGCUGUGGGUGCCUCGCCGGCGGCCGGCCCACAGCAGCGUGCGCAGCAGCCCGCACCCAACUUGCCAGGUGUUCCUGAGGCGCUAGCGGACAAGGAAAAUGUAGUACGGCCCAACGAGGUGGCACUCCUGCAACGCCUCGCGCAGGCGGAAGCCAGCCGCGAGCAGCUCCUGGCCCAGCUGGCGGCGCGCGACCGCGAGCUCGCCGCCGCGCGCAAGCUCGCGCAACAGCCUGCCCCGCAGGCUGCCCCGCAAGCAGGCCGCAGCAUGCGCGACGCGACCCACAUCGCCGAGAUAACGGCGGCACUGGCAGCUGCCAACCACGGGCUCUGCUCCGUCACCAAGGCCGCGGAGCUGCAGCUGCACGCCGCCACCACCGAGGCGCGGCGCGCGCAGGCCAGCCUGGCAACUGCGCUGGAAGCCAACAUGGCCAACCUGGAAGCCACGCUCGCGGUUAAGAGGGACGCCAUGGCGCGGGUGGAGCGGGUGAUGGCGGAGGCGGAUGAGAAGCUGCGGAUGCAGGCGAUGCUGGCGCGCGAGCGGGAGCAUAUGCUGCUGCUGGAGGCGGGCCGGCUGCAGCAGGUGGCGGCGCAGUGGGAGGCGCGGGCGCGGAGCCUGGAGGCACGCAUGGUGAGCGCGGCAGCUGCAGCGGGUCCAGGAGCAGGGGUAGGGGCAGCGGCGGUCUCGCCAGCUGGCAACGUGGCGCAGGAUCAGCCGCGCGCCGGUCAGCUUCGGGUGCUCCUGCAGCCGCCGGCUGCGGCACAGGCGGCGGGUGGCAGUGCAGGCUUGGGCACUGCGGUAGAGCAGGGGCAGGAGGCCCAGCGGCAACAGCAGGAAGAGCAGCCGUCUCAAGGGGCGCCGAGGUGGAUGGCCUUCGGGCCUCCGCCCGUCGUCGUCCGGCUGGGGCGUGCCGACGGCCCCGGCGUUGCACAGGAGUGGAGCGCGGCGCCUCCACCGCCGCCGCCAGCUCCAGCAGACGCUUACGCGUGGGGAAGUACUGCUAAAGAUCGGCGCGGCGGUUGUGUGGCGUACGCCGGCGGCGCGCAAGUGGCUGAUGGGCCGUGGCCGGCUCCUCGGCCGCCCGCAGGGCAGCACUUCGGCAUGCCGGCGGACUGUAGCUCGCUGGACAUGCUGGCAGCGAUCGCAGCGGCGCUCAUACCCGUUGCAAAGCCGCGGAGUCGACCCCUGGCGCCGGUGCACGCCCCGCUCAAGCACGUGGCACCGCCACAACCUGCUGGCACUGACAGCCUACCAAAACGACGUCUCGGCCGGCCGCGGAAGAAUCCGCUGCCUCCCGAUGCCCGAGAUGGAGCGGCGAGGCCCGUCGCGGGGGUGCCGGAUGCCGACACCGCUGCGGCGGCUGGGGCUGCCACAGCAGCAGGGGCGGCGCGGGAAGGGGACAGUGCGGAGCAUCCGGUUGCGGCCUCUGGGCAGGUGCCUGUGGCGCAGGUAGCGCCGCCCGACCCGGCUGUCCCAUCGAAGAGAGGCCGGGGUCGCCCCCCGAAGAGAAAGCGGAAUGUGCGGCAGGUUCCCGCUGAUGUGGCUGCAGCUCUUGCGGCUGCAUAUGUGACAGGGCUUAACGCACAGGCGCCCGGCAGCAAUGGCGGUGUAGUAGCAGGGGCGGCCGUAGUGGCGGAUGGAUGCAGCCAGCAGGAGCAGGAGCCCCACAAGCGGGCGCGGCUGCACAAUGUCGAGAUGCACGUGACGGCACGGCAGAUUGCGAGAGCGCACACUUCUGGGCCGCGGUUGGGAUGUGUGCCGGGCCGUGCUGUAGGGCUGCCGGCCAGUACGUCAGCAGCCGCUGCCGGUGCCGAUGCGGCUUACCCGGGGCAGGAGCAGGCGGCACCGUGGCCAGCAGGCGCGCAUGCAGCGCAGGGCGCAGGCGGGCCUGGCUGCGGCGGCAAGGCUGACCAGGAGACGGCUUGCAUCACCAUCAGCAGUAGCAGCAGUGAGGAGGCUGGGGACGGCGGCGCAGGUGCGGCCGGCGAGGUUGUCGGGCCGCAGGCCGUACCUCCGCAGGUUCCCUGCGGGCAGGCCGGCAGCGCCACCAGCGACGGCGGCAGGAGCUGCAGCGGCAGCGGCGGCGCUGGCGGCAACAGCACGGACACGACCCCGUUCUCGCCGUCACAGGUGCUGGCGGACGUGAGCAGCGCGGAGGCGGCGCGGAAGCGGGCACGUGCGGCGGCGGCGUGUGUCGCGGCAGUAACAGCAGCACCGCCACCUGACCACGAGGACGCCUCGGGCGCUGGCGGCGUGGAGGAGCCGGCUGGCGUGGAGGCGGAGGCUGCCGGCCGGCCUUGCUGUGGUGCUGCGGCCACAGCCGGCCACGCUUCAACUUGCGCUAGCCGGGGCACGGCAGCAGCAGCAGCAGCAGCCACGGCGCCGGGGGCAGGAGGGGCUGCCGGCGCGUCAGCGCCUGCUGCGCCUACGCGACGAGUUCCAGGGCCCGCCGAAGCCGCCAGUGCUGGCACUAACGCCACCGGGCACGCGCGGUUGCCACCCGCCCCCGCCCCGGAACCCGCGGGCCCCCGCAAGGCCCACAUGGGGCUGGGCGCGGCGGAGGAGGUGAUGCGGCGGCUGUACCUGGGCGUGCUGGCGUCGGCGCGGGCGGUGCCGCAGGCGGCGGCGGCGUUCGAGACGCGCGCGGAGCUGGAGCAGCUGCCCGGCUUCGCGCAGUGCGUGGCGGCGCAGGACAUAAUGUUUUUCUCCCGCAUCGAAGCUCGCAUCGGCGGCCGCAAGGCUGGCUUCAGCCGCACCAGCCCGCUGCGCUACGCCAGCCCGGACGCCCUGCGCGCCGAUUUUGCGCGCAUCCUGGAUAACUGCCACGCCUACAACAGCCACUGCAGCAGCGGUGGCGGCUCCCCAGUCAAGGCCGCCGCCAAGGCGCUGCUCGGGCUGGCAGUGGCGGUGCUGGUGGCGGCGGACGCCGAGCUGGAGGCGGUGCGCGGCUCAGAGGACCUGGCGCACGCGCUGGCGGCCGUGGAGGCGAUGGAGCACAAGCUGGAGUGCCGUGAGUGCGGUAACUGGCGCCGCGUGCGCGGCUACGGCCCGUUCGUGCGCGUGCGUUGCGACUUCAUCUGCAGCAAGCUGCCGGGCCGCACCUGCCAGCAGCCGUGCGAUGUGUGCGGGGCCGCUGGUGGCUGCGAGUGCUUGGACUGAGUCAUGUGCGAAAGGGAGGGGGCAGGUUGCUUGCAGGGGGCCAUGGCAAGGGGUAGCGAAGAUGGACAAAGGCGCCGCUUUACCACGCACGUUAGGUAGUCCGGUUCGUGCGCGCUUGUGUAUUGCUGUGGCAUUGUUGUUGGUUGAGUGGGACUGCUAGUGGGACUGCUGAGUGGGAUGGGGUGUUUGUUGUUGCACGUGCUGCUGCUCAUGUUGCGGCGAGGGGGGUGCCUUGAGGCUUGCGGGUGCCGAAGAGACCCGCAAGGCUUUGCUUAACCCCACUCUACGGUGGUGGGACAAAGACAUGUAAUGGUAAAUGCUGUGCUGCGAACAUGGUGGUGGCUCGUAUGUGUGCAGGCGCAAACGUGCAUCGGCUGGAUUUAGUGCAGCGAGGUGGCUACAGCUGCGCGUGAUGCUAUCAACUUUCAGCAGGCCGCGUCGUCUCCUGUCCGGAGCCAUGCAUGGAAUUGGUCAGG